AUGCGCGUUUCAGCCCUCGCCUUCGCUGCCGUCCUAUCUCUGGUCUCGGCCAAGCAGAUCAAUAUGCACUGCAACUUCGCCGAAGACCACACCGGAAUGGUUCAGUCGCCCUACUGCUGCCGUGACUUGGAGCCCGCACGAGGAAACCCGAAGGCGAAUGAGGCGUUUGACUGCGAUGAAUUGAAAGUGCCUCAGCUGUGUGAGGAUCAAUCUCGGCCAGCUUGCUGCUACACUAUUGGCCCGAAGAAAAUCUGUACCUCCCAUGCUAUCUUUAUGGAUGCGGAAGACGUUUGA